UUUCAUCAUAAAAGUGUUUACGUUCAUAGUGUUUUUUUUUUUUUUCGUUUUCUUUUUCUUUUCGUUUCCACCUGUAGCAGGAUCGGAGUCAUGUCCGGUCAACUCGAAGGAAUUAAACGAGGGCUGCGAUCGUGUCAAACUCGGGAACUUGGAGUGAACUCCGACUGAGGUGCGGGAGGAAGAGGGCUUAAUUGUGCCGAUCGAGACUUGGGCUUGAUGAGAGGGAAAAACCGCGAGCGCUUCCUCUGACCAUGAUCAUGGGCACCGCGCGCUCGUCGCCCUGUGCGUAAGCUGCUGUGGAGGGAGCCACACAUUAUGAGACGCCAUGGCAUGGUGUGACCGAGGGGUUCAGACUCUGCUGGCCAUCGUGGGGGCCUUCGCCGCCUUCAGCCUCAUGACCAUCGCCAUCGGCACCGACUACUGGCUUUACUCUCGCGCGUACAUCUGCAACACCACCAAUGUCUCCACAGACGAGACCCAGAUCCAGACCAAGAAAGUCAGAGGCGACCUGACGCACUCCGGACUGUGGAGGAUCUGCUGCAUCGAAGGUAUCAACAAAGGAAGCUGUUUUCGGAUCAAUCACUUUCCAGAGGAUAACGACUACGAUACGGACAGCUCAGAAUACAUCUUACGUAUAGUGCGAGCAUCAAGCCUGUUCCCCAUUCUCAGCACCAUUCUGUUGAUGUUGGGUGGCCUGUGUGUGGGGAUAGGACGCAUCUAUAGGAACAAGAACAACAUCCUGCUCAGCGCCGGCAUCCUGUUUGUUGCUGCAGGCCUGAGCAACAUCAUCGGCAUCAUCGUCUACAUCUCUAGCAACGCCGGCGAUCCCAGUGACAAGAAAGACGAGGAUAAGAAGAACCAUUACAGCUACGGCUGGUCCUUUUACUUUGGCGCGCUCUCCUUCAUCGUGGCCGAAUCGGUGGGUGUUCUGGCGGUCAACAUAUACAUAGAGAAAAACAAAGAGACGCGCUUCAGAGCCCGUCGCGACUUCAUCAAAACCACCUCGUCGUCUUCGCCAUACUCUCGCAUCCCAAGCUACCGCUACCGACGAAGGCGCUCACGCUCCAGCUCGAGGUCGACUGACCCUUCCCGCGAGCCCUCCCCAGUGGGGAUGAAGAUCGGUGGAGGAAGUGGAGGCGGUGGAGGAGGAGGAGGAGGGUUAGGGAUGGGUUUGCCGAUGGGAGAUAUAUCCCUGUACGCCCUCAGUAGGGACCCUCUGAAGGGUGGAAGUGGGACUAUAGGGCCCUACAGCCCAGACAGGGACUCUGGGUUUUUACAAGUCCACAACUGUUUUCAGAAAGAAAUGAAAGAUGGAGUGAACAGGAGGACGACGCCAGUAUGAGGUCAGGAGUUUAUUGCUGUGCGGAACAAUAAGCCUGAUGGAGCACAUUAGAUGUAUUAGAGCUGAUGAGAAAGGACAAAUCCUCCCCAAGGCUGUUCAGACAGCAGCGGUGUUGAAAGGUCAGAGCUCAAAAUGGUUUUCCUUGUGUCCCUCUGUGACAGAAAAAGUGCCAGUCCGAGGAGGAAGUAUCCUAUCAAAACACCUUUUUGUGAUAUGACUGACUUUUCUCUUGAAAAUGAUUACAGUCAUUUUGUAGCAACAUUUGAAGAGUUUAAUUCUAAAAUGUAACCCCCAGUGUUUGCCUGUGACGUCUACACCCGCAGUUAGAAAUGCUGUCCUUAACUCACUGAAGACUUUGCCUGAUAUAAAAGAUCAAGAUUUAAAAUUGAUCCUUGACAUUCAGUAUGAUAAAGACUGUGAAUGAUGUCCUUCAGGUAGGGGAGAACGGGGUUGGAUGUCAUUUGCUGUUAAAACAAUUUUGUUUCUAAAAUGUUGACAACAUGGGUCACCUGCUAAAUCAUUUCAAGAGUAACAGGCCUUCCACACUGAGAACUAGUCCACAGCAAAACUUGACACAAAACAAACAUCAGCAGUGGGGAAUGAUAUCACUGGGAUCACUUUAUUUUAGCCAAUUAAGUAAACAGUCCAAUCAGGUAGCCUGAUUCUGGUGACAUUAUUCUACAAAAAUAUUGGUGCAGGAGGAGUGUUUAUAAUUAAUAAUAAUAAUAAUAACAAAAAAAAUUAGGAUGCACUUUUUAGACAGUGGUAGAGAGACCAGUUAGCUUCAAGCUAAUUUACACUCUAAUAACUCAGUCUCGGUUAGUUAGACAACUUCUUAAACACGUAUAUAAUGUGAUAUUAGGUCGCGAAUAAUCAAUAAAAACAUUUUCCUUGAGACAUACUGCCAAAGAGUCUCUUGUGUUGAUCGGACCUCUGAACCACAUUUUGUCUUUCACUGUAAAUUUUAAACUUACCUUUGUUACUUUACAUUGAAAAAGUCACAAAGGUGAUCACGCCAGACUUACCAGGUUAUUACAUUUAACUUGUACGAGCUAAAUAGUUUUAACAACUCAAAAUUAUUAUGUCUACUUUACUUGGUCCAUUUAAGGUAAUAGGUUUCCUGGGAGUAAAGUCACUCGGUCACAUAUCACAGUGUCAGCUGCCGACAUAUUCUGAGCAUGCAGAGUGUGCUUGGUGCCACUAUUUACAAAGCAGUAUCGUUCAUCACUGUGGAUGCUGACAUCAUUAUAUUGCUUGUUAUUGAUCAUUGUUAUCGUUCUUGGUGUGGACUGGCCUGAAGACACUCGACAUUAGGAUGCGAGGGCAAAUUCAAAAUGUAAAUUAUCCAGCUCCUCUGUGCUUUUACACAAUAUGGGUUUGAAAACUGGUAUCACCAUUAGAAUAUGAAGGGAGAGCUGCAGAUUAAUAUUUUAACUGCACUAUAAAAUGUCACUGUUAGCUUAGUUGCUCGCUAAAUAAUCCCUCUCUCGCAAACAUUCACUUCGGGGUUGGCUGUGUCUUUUGAACAGAAUAAACUCGAGGAAAGUAAAGCCACUUCAGACCUCUCUGACUGUUUAGGCUUCUGCCGUCCAUUGUAAGAAAAUCUAUUAAUUAUAUAUAUUUAUAUACAAGUAAAACGUGUGGCGACCAGCCUCGCCUUCCCCAUGAUGUUUUAAACUGUGUAGUGUUUUGAAAACGGAAACAUUUCUUUUAUUCUGAGGCAAAAAGGUGUUUGUCUCCAAAGUUCUUUGCUAAAAUGAAGUGAUGUGUGUGACUGAGUAUUACUGUGUUGUAUUUGUGUGUAACAUGUAACAACAACACGACUGGUGCUAACUUAAUCUGUACAACUUUGAUAGUCAUCAGCCUCCUCAACUGCCAUUUAAAUGACUUCUUCUGUAUCUCAGUAACCUCCCUCGAGCUUGUAUGUGAGUCACGUGGUAAAUACGUUUGUGUGAAACGUGUGUCAUGGCUCCGAAACGUUGCCACACUAUACGACGCAUUCAUGCGAUUAAUGUGGAUUUCUGUAGAAAAAUGUAUAUCAAAAACAGCGACGAGGCACACGGUAAUGUCAGAUCAUUCCAGUACAGUACGCUGUGUGAUGUAUCAGUGUGAACAUUAUUUGUGCCGACUGUCUAGUUUACUCUCCAUUUGCUCAGGGACAAUGUGUGGAUCUACUUUUAGAGAUUUAGAGCAUGAGAGAGAAGAAUUUGUUGCUACAGUUGUUUCCGUUCUUCUCGCUGAAGCCAGACUGUUGCAGCUGUUGCGUGUGAAAACAGAGGUGAGACUGUUUUGAAUGUGUUGCUGUUAAUUAACAUGACUCCUGUUCCUGCACUGAUCACCUUUGCGUUCAGAGGGUUCGUGUCGGGUACAGAUUUCUCGAUCAUAAUGCAAAACCAACAUGAGUGACACUGUUAUCAUCCUGAGUGGUUAAUAAUACAAAACCCCUCAAACGGGACUCUUUGGUCAGUAUUCAGACAACAUACAACACAGAGCAACAUAUUCGACAGCAUGAAACUGAAAAUGCACCGAGCCGCAUUACAAGAACUGCACCAAUUACUCAACAACUAUUACAAUUGCUUUUCUCGCUCAUUUAUGAGACUAGAUGAAGAGGCUUUGGCGUUGGACUGAUAAUUGGAUAAUAUAAAACAUUUGUAGAAUUUUGCAGACUAAACUAUGAAUCCAUUUGGCCUGUAAAUAAUGAACAGACUGAUCGACAAUAAAAAGGCCCUAAAAAAAGAAACACAAUUGAACAGAAAGGGGAGAAACAUAGGGGGAACAAACAACAGGCACAGUGUGUUGUAGCGAUGGACUGGCAAGUCUGUCACAUAAUGAGAUAAAAGCCGAUGUACCCAGCAGGAGAAUAAAUCAAGCCAUGUCUAGGCUUUGCUUAGAGACAUGUUUGUUUCUACAUCAAAAUAAAGUUGUAUAAAUCCUUUCUGUUAAAUGUAUACAUUGAAGCUGCUGCUGUUCAAGCUGACUCCCUGUCUGUUAAGCAUUUAGAAGUCCCCUCCCUCCUCUCUACGUCACACCCCCUCUUUUCUUUUGUUUUUCAUGGCAGCUCUCUUUGCCUCCCUGUCUUCUUCAACACUUUUCAUCUCUUGGCCUUCCUUGGUAGUAUAAGCUGUCACCCGGAGCGUUGGAAAUGGUAACUUUCCUGUUCUGCCCUCGCCGGUUAAAAGGAGGAUCCCGCCUCUUUAUGGAGUUCUCAGUCCUGAUUGGAUAAAGUGUGCAGGGAUAGAACAUUUCUUUUCUCUUUUACUGCAUGAGAAGGGGGGAGGAGAGACAUGACUUACUGACCAAAUACUCCAUAACAGUGAUUACUAUUGGAAUAUAGAGCUAUUAAGCAAAAACAAAUAAGUAGUUAAAUUAGUCCAACUCAACCUUGAAGGUAACUCCACUUUGAGAUUUUCUUUUGAUUUAAUGUAAGAUAUGAAGAAUAAGAGAAUGAGAAUUGAUCCAUGGCGCUUGCCUUUUCUUCACAGAGGAAGUAUUUAAUCGAUGACACAGGGUUGUUAAGUCUGUCAUGCUCUGCUGUGAAACUGUGUGGCAAACAGUCAGGCAACCACAGGGUGUUAAAGGAAAUCGGCAUCAGCCAACUUGAUGCUUGACUGAACUAACAGGCUCCCAAAUGCUCAUCCAGACUUCUAAAAAUCUUGUCUCCGUGUCUCCGAGCAAGAUGUGGAGCAAAGUGGGUGUAUGUUGUAUGUGUGAGGAGGGAGGGCUAGCAGAAGUUCAAAUUACCCACUCUUGGUAAAGUUCGCUUGACUGGGUUCCAUGUCAGCUUCGUGGUUUUGUUCCCCUGUCGAAUAUUUUUAGCAGCCGCUGGAAUUGUUUUAAUUUGGUUGUUGGUUCGUGAAUCAGAGUCCCAGCAGUUGCCAUUAUUAAACAUAGAGUGUCGUGAGAAGGCGCGUAGUCUCUGCAAGGCCUCUGCUAUCCCAGCUGAAGUUGUCAUUCAAGUCACCGAGGGGGAGAGGGGGAAGACUUGAAUUGGAAUGGACUUAUUUUCAUUCUGCAUGUGUGUGAUGAAUCCUUGUUAUGCCAAACUGGUCUGAUGACCUUGUUUCCCAUUCCAGCCCUGAAUAUUAGAGAGUCUUCCUCACGCCUCCCCUCUGUCCACCGCGCAGGCUGCUAAGCCCUGUGAAUUUGAAUGCCAUGGACCCUCACUGGUAUUUUCACCCACAAUAAAGCCGCACCGCACCGCACCACACCUCACCUCACCUCACCCCCUCCCUCCUUCCCUCCCUUCUGUUGUGUGCCAGUGAAAUAUCUCCUCCAUUAAUUGAGAGGAAAAUGGCAGGGUCACCUCUCCAUGCAGUCGCAGAGCCUGCCGACGUGCUUGUUAGCAUCGGUACCUCGCUGUGUACGAAGGAUAAAGUGACGCCGCGGUGCCUCAACUCUGGUCCUGUUUUUGUAACCUGAUUUGCAGGCAUGACAAAUGGUUCAGCAGCAGUUCAUACUUCAGCUGUCUUUUUAGACCAAUCCUGACGCACCCAGUGCCAUCACAAAAUCAUUAACAGCCAGCAAAUGAUUUGUUGAAAAUGCACAACUAAUCCUCAUGCUUAAACACCGUGAGCGUUGCAGCAGAUCAGCUACAGGUACACUGGACCUUAGUUGUGCGGCCACAGUUUGGUUUGGUCUUUAACACUUUAACACUUGAGCUUUCCGCCUGUUCAAUUCUACCUUCUAGUUUCUUGAAAAGGUCCAGCUCAGUAGCGGACGGAAUACCACAGCAAAAGUAAGGUUUACAGUUUUUAUUUCAGAAUGAUAAGUAGUAGGAAAACAGUUUGUUUAAGGGUUGUCUGUUGAUGCUUUACCUUGAGUAAUGUACAUCCUCCCCAACCUCCUUCAUAUUUGGACUUCAACACCCUUGAUCCUGCAUCACCUAACUUCUUUCUUUGCUGCCAUUACAGCUACUAAAGCCACUAGUGUCGUGCUAUACUAUGGUCGUUUUUUUGAUGAUAGCAGCAGCCUCUGUAACACUUGGAAGGAUGAAGACAGCUCAUUGUUGGUUUGACUAUAAACAACUACCUAUAUAAUUUGUAAAUUAUAAAAACGAUUUAACAGUUUGUAUACAAAUUGAGGAUAUAUAUUCUGUUUAAAUGGGGCAGUCAGUUGACACUAGAUUCCAUUUUUUUCCAUCAAAUUUUGACAUGACCUGUUUAAGGAGCCAUUUUUUUGUGUCAUCAUAAACAAAGAAAAAACAUCACAUUUGAGCUUAUUUUCCUUUUCUAAAACCCAAAAGUUGCAAGUGAACACAUUACCUGGCAGAAAUGCAUUUAUUUGCGAUGUUUCUGUAACUAGACAUCCAUCAGGCAAAUCCUUUCUUACCUAAAACCAUCAACGCCGUUCUGCCUAGUACAGCGACACCAAUAGUUUUAAGUCACCAGUGAGAGUAACACCAUUUGCCAUCAUUAAUGUGUGGGAAUCACUGUUCCAGCAGUAAACGUUUAAUAUCAUGCAAAGCUCACACUGUUCAUUAGCACAACGUGUACUUAGAAGUUACAGGAUGAAUGAAGGAUCCCGUCUCCACAGGCUUCCUCGCUCCUCCAGAGGUCUGUCUGAGAAUUUAAAAUGGCUGGGGUUUCUCGCAGUACGGGGCCUUGAUUCCUCGCUCCCUGUUGAUAUCGGUGCCUGUUAAUCCAGGAACCACAGGCAUCUAUUUGCACGACAUCUGUCACUGCGCUUAGACUGGAUUUAGUCAGCAGUAGCUGGAGCCAGACCUUUUUCAUGUGCUACGGCAAAAUGAAAUAAAAACAGCAGAUCAUGGUGUAGUUUAAGAUAUCCAUUUGUUCAGUCAGUUCAAUCAGAUGGAUACAAUAAAAGACAAAAAUGGUAAAAAAAAAAAAAAAAAGAAAAGAAAACAAAAGAAACAAAAAAAAACAAUAAAAAACAAACAAACAAAAAACUGUGAUUAAAAAAAAGAGAGCGACAGAAUCGGGGAAGAUGUUUUUUGUGUUUGGUGAGAAUCGUGAGAAAGUCAUAAUGAUUAAACAUGAAUGUGAGAUUGUUACAGACACAUUUACUUUGUGUUAUUUUAAGUUAUUUUGUUCACGAUUGUGUUCCAUAAAUUUCUUUUUCACAACCCUCAACCCUCUAUGCUCAUAUUUCACAUUGUUUCAGCUGAGGUCUUGUAUUUUGGGUGAAACAAUAACAUACAGUAGUUUAUCAAUAAUGUAAAAUAUGCGGUUCUACCUGAUAGGCCUGUAAAUACAAAGUGUCUUUAAUUAUUUCAAUGAAAAGUUUGCAAUGUAUCAUUUUGCUGGUAAAUUACUCUGAAAUAAAAACGAAAAAAGGAAUAAAUAGAAACUUAAGGUAUGUUUGAUUUGCACACAGUUUGCUCAGCGUAAUAGAUGAAGGUUUUAACAUGAUCCACUGACAAUAUUUUAGGCACAUACCUUCAGCUGAGCUAAACACAAAUGCAUUGAACAUUUUCAAAAUUUAUCAUAAUAUUACAGGAACCUCUGUACCUUGGAACCUUGGUGCCACUGAAGUCAGAACAACUUCACUUUCAAUGAUAUAUGCUUUGAUUCAGGCAUUAGUCAUUAAUGGGUUAAUAGAGUUAGUCCUCCUUUGAUGAUUGAUGUGUUUGUCUUGACAGCUGGCGGUGCAAGUCAGGUUCAUUUGCACUGCUCAAUAUCACCUACAACAACUCAAUGGACUUUAUAGAGCCACAACAGCAAUGAGUCUAAACCCAGCACCUGGUUGUGAAGAAGAAAAGGAAACACAGGAUUCAACAGGAUUCAUGUGAAGAAAUAGCGGUGGGUGACCACACAAUGUUGGAGGACUUUGCUGUACACAUUACGUACAUCACAAAAUCUUGCAUCAAAGAGUGUUGAUCAUUUUAGGAACCACAACUGAAUCUAAGUGCAAUUCAAUAAAAGUCAGUUCACCAAUAAGCCCAAUAAUCUUAA